AUGUCGAAGCGAGGAGCGGCCGUGGCCGACCAGGUCGUGAAGCUCAUCGUGGGCGCUGGUCAGGCGAGCCCAAGUCCUCCCGUUGGUCCUGCGCUGGGUAGCAAGGGUGUCAAGUCGAUGGACUUUUGCAAGGAGUUUAACGCAAGAACACAACACAUCAAUGUCGGCACGCCGAUGCCCUGUCGAGUCACCGUUCGCGGCGACCGGUCAUUCCACUUCGACAUCCGGACACCGCACACGUCGUGGCUCCUUCUCCACGCAGCCGAGGCACCUAUGGGCAAGAAGGGAAAGAGAAAGGGUGCGACGAACCCUGGAAAGGAGACCGUUGGUACCGUCAGCUUGAAGCACGUCUACGAGAUUGCCAAAAUCAAGAAGACGGAGACGCGCCUGUCGGGUCUCAGCCUUGAGGCUCUCUGCCGGUCCAUCAUUUUCCAGGCCAAGUCGAUUGGCGUUGCCGUUGUGCCAUAG